GCCACAAAAUCCCAGAAAGCUGUCAGAAAUCGCCAUUAAUUUAAUCGCUCUUCUUGCUGUUGCUGUUCGUGUUUUUUUGUUUGUUUUUUCAAUUAAUUGCGCAAAUUCCAAUGGGAGUUGAUGUGGGCGCACUCGCAUCGUUCUGGCGAGGGGGGAAAUUACAAGGAGAGAUUUACGAAUUAAAUAUAGUUUUGUUUUGAAUCUGCAAGUGGAUUCUUCUUCAGAUCCCGUCAACUCCGAUCGUGGCCGUCCAUGGCGGAGGAUGAAUCUCAGCCGCAUCGUGGAUUACAGCGCCACACGCACCAGGAGGGUGGGUGUAGGGUAGGGAUUGAAGAAAGUGGAUGGAUUGCUGCUACGACGUCAGCGUAUUAAAACUAUAAACAAUUCGGGGGAAGGUCGAGCCAUGGAGGAAAGCAUCUAAGUAUGGUAUGACGAAACCCUAGCCCCACCCCAAACUCCUACCCACCCACCAACAACAUAUACUAUUAUUUGAAUGAAUCUCGAAUUGGGGAUUUAGGGUUUUGUAAUUAGGGUUUCAAUAAUUGGGGAUUUUUAAUUCCACUUGUUCCUUUUUUCCCCUGAUUUCCUGAUUUCCUUUUGCAUUUGUGCAUUUGAUCGACGAGAAUAUCGAUUUGAUUUUUGCUGAUUGGGUUGACCGCCAUUGAUCGAGGAUCCCAAAGAGGGGCUAGGGUUUGGUGGCGUCACUGAUGGGGCCUACUUGGGAAGAAGAAUCUUCCCCCUUCUUCCAUAUCAACAAGUCCUUGUGUCGAUCGAAUCAACUUGUGAGGGUUUUCUUGUGACAGAUAAUUACAGCUAACACAGAAAAGGAGAGAGAGAGAGAAAGAGGAGAGAGAGAGGGGUAAAGAAAAGAACAGAACUCCCUUGUGCCCAUAUUUCUCUUUGUGGAUGAAAUUUCAGCUGACAAACAAUUUUGGGGACAAGAAUUAGUACUUGAGACCCUACCAAGAAAUUUUGUUGAUGAUAUUCUUCUGCUCCACACACCACACCACAGGUUUCGGAUCUGCUGAGUAAAAUUAGGGGUUAGGGUUUCUGUGAAGCUUUUGUGCAAUGGAGGAAGGUGUUGUACCUUUGGGUACAAUCCUCGCAACGUCUGGUUCAACCGAUUGCUUCAUGGAUUUGGACUACAUGGAUGAGCUCUUAUUGGAAGGCUGUUGGCUGGAGGCUAACGGCUCCGAUUUCUCCGCCGCCGUCUCGCCGUUCGAUCCGGCAGCGGUCUUCCCCGGCUGGCCGUCCUCCAUUCUCGAAUCCAACAGCGGAGAAUUCAUCGGAAAUGGUAGCGAUAGUCCCGAAAAGGACGACAGGCAGCAGAGAUCGUCGAUCGAUGCCGCCUCGCCGGGUCGGCCGGAGCAGCCCCUCUUCGACGGCGGCGAUCACAGCAGCCGGCGGUGGUGGAUUGGGCCGGAGGCGUCGAUUUCCGUCGUCGAUCGAUUGAUCCAAGCUUUAGGUUACAUCAAGGAUUGCACAAGAGAUAAGGAUGCUUUGAUUCAGGUUUGGGUUCCGGUGACGCGCGAGGGGAAGCGAGUGCUGACGACGAGCAACCAGCCAUUUUCGCUCGACCUUAAUUGCCCGAGGCUCCGGCAUUACAGGGAGAUUUCGGUAAAUUACCACUUUCCGGCAGAGGAGGAUUCGACGGAGGGCGUCGGGUUACCGGGACGGGUAUUUGCUAGCAAGGUCCCGGAGUGGACUCCCGACGUCCGAUUCUUUACGAGAGACGAGUAUCCUCGCGUUCGCCACGCUCAGCAGGUCGAUGUUCGGGGGACUCUCGCCGUGCCGAUUCUCGAACAGGGCAGCCGUAAUUGCUUGGGCGUCGUCGAGGUUGUCUUGACAACGCAGAAAGUGCAAUAUCGCCCCGAGCUCGAGACCGUCUGCCGAGCUCUCGAGGCUGUUGAUCUGAGAACUGCGGAAAUUUCGGGUUCCCGGAAUGUUAAGAUGUGCGACUUGUCAUACCAAGCGGCAUUGCCGGAGAUUCUAGAAGUUUUGCGAGCGGCGUCGACGAGCCACCGGUUGCCGCUGGCGCAGACGUGGGUCUCGUGCGUAUUACAAGGCAAAGAUGGCUGCCGCCACUCGGAGGAGAAUCUGCAGAACUGCGUUUCUCCGGUCGCCGCGGCGUGCUACAUCGGCGACGCCCGAAUUCAGGGAUUCCACGAAGCGUGUUCCGAUUAUCAUCUAUUGAAAGAUCAGGGCAUCGUGGGUCGAGCGUUUCGGACGAACCAGCCGUGCUUCUCGCCAGACGUCACCGCUUGCAGCCGGACUGAGUACCCGCUUUCGCACUACGCCCGGAUGUUCAGUCUUAAAUCCGCCGUCGCCAUACGGCUCCGCAGCGUCUGCACCGGCUCGUCGGAUUUCGUCCUCGAGCUGUUCUUGCCGACUGACUGCGUUUCUCCCGACGAACAGAAGAAGAUGCUAACCUCGUUGUCCGCCGUCAUACAGAAUGUCUGCCGUACACUACGAGUCGUCACCGACAAAGAGGUGCUGGAAGAAUCUGCCGUUCCGGAAAAUUCUAUUACUCAGGAAGCUCCCGUUUCCGCAGCCGCAGCGGGUUCGAGCCGUUAUAACGGAUGGAUGAAUUAUUCGGAAACCGGAGCUGCAGUGAAGCCGCGCUCUGAAGUCCGGGGAGACCUGACGUUUGGUACGGAUUUGUCGAUGUCUGGAGACGGCAGUUCACUCUACACGAACAAAGCUGGCGAGAAACGACGCGUUAAAUCGGAUAAGGUUAUUACAUUGCAGGUUCUGCGACAGCACUUCGCCGGCAGCCUGAAAGAUGCCGCGAAGAAGCUCGGAGUUUGCCCGACGACGUUGAAGAGGAUAUGCCGGCAGCACGGGGUGCAGCGUUGGCCGUCGAGAAAGAUCAAGAAAGUCGGCCACUCAUUGCAGAAAAUCCAGCGCGUGAUUGACUCCGUCCACGGCACCUCCGGUGUUCUGCAGUUCGACUCGUUCUAUUCCAACUUCCCGGAACUUGCCACGUCCCCGAAUGCAUCGAGGACUUCAAAGAAUCAGAAAUCGGUGGACGUAACACCGCCGGAGAUCUCAGUUUUGAAGCCCCCGGCCGCAGCCACCGCUGCAGCGUCGACGUCGCCGUCGUCUUCUUGUAGUCAGAGCUCUGGCUCAAGCCAAUGUUGCUCGAGCGGGGCACAGCCGCCGCCGUCUAGCUCAUUCAGCGUUGUCGAUAAUCCAACGGCGGACAAUGGAAAAUUCUCAGAGACGAUGCUGAAGAGGGCGAGGACAGACGCAAAUUUUGUGACGGAAAAUGAAAGUUUCAAACCCCUUCCGAGUUCGAAGAGCCAUUUGUCGAUGUCGUCUUCGCCGGAGAAGCCAUCGGAAGAUCACACGGUAGGCGAGAGACCAGUCGACCCAAAUGCGUUGCCGUUGCCGAGGAUCAAAGUGACGUGCGGCGAGGACAACAUUAGGUUCCGGAUGAAGAGCGAAUGGCGGUACAAGGAUUUGUUGAAUGAGAUCUCAAGGCGGUUCGGGGUGGGCGGUGAUCCGGCGAGGUUUCAUCUCAAGUAUUUGGACGAUGACGCCGAGUGGGUGCUGUUGACGUGCGACGCAGACCUCGAUGAAUGUUUGGAUGUGUGUCGGGUGUCGCGGAGCGCGACGAUCAAGCUCUGGUUUAUUCCCGAUUCUUCGAUGCCGUCUUCUGGUGGUUCCAGAGUUGCCGGUGCCGGCGGGCGGAUUCCUCUAUCUUUGUAGGUGUGGAUCGACGGGUGAACAAUCCUAAUGUUGUUCUUUGUGAAUAAAAGGUGGUACGUUGGCGAGGAUUGGUUAUUGGGUGGUAUAGGCAGAGUCGUUGUUGAGACGCGAAGGUGGUUUUUUUAGCGUCGACAGUUGGAAUUGUAUAACACUGUAUGGAUGGAAUUGGAGACAAUAGUGUAUUAUUUGUGGGCGUUAGCUUCUUGGUUGUCAAUUUUUAGUGUUUUUCUACCUAUUGUAUUGGUGGACGUUAGCAUGAGUGUAUUUAACAAAUUUUCUUCUA